AGAUUAAUCUGUUAAGUAUGAUUUUCAUGAAAAAUAUACGAUAGACAGCCGCAUUGUCUUCGUAUUUUUUGAUUGACCCUCGUAAAUGCUGGGAUUACAUGUAUUUCAUCGAUAUUUUGGAGCUAGAGCACUUUAAUAGAGCUGAGAUAGAUUUCAAAUGUUUUCCCGGGAAAUGAUUUGUGGUUUUGCAAAGGACUGAGAAGAAGAUUGGUUUUAGUAUUAUACAGAAAGAUCCUGAUUUUUUUAAAGAUGAAAACAACAAGUCUACCUUUUGUGGAUAUUUUUCUCUUUUUUCAUUUUGUGGCAUCGUCACCAACAAUUUAUUCCUUUGGUAAAACAUGCUCGAUGCAACCUCACCAGAUAAACGAGGUCUCUGUGUUUUAUGUUUCUUUUUUCAACACCGGUAAGCCCAGGGAUAUGUGGUGCUCACACAUAGCCUUUAGUGGAUAUGGUUCGAAUUCCAAAGACAAAUACCAGAUCUGUACGACUCUAGAACGAUUUUCGGAUCCAACAUGCAAUUUGAGACUAACGCUACGGAACAGUUUAAAUGGCACUGUAUUCAAGACAUAUAACUGUAGGCAGAAAUCAACGUCUAAAUUUUGUGCAACACAAAGUGACUCACUCUAUUUUGUUGCUGAAUUCUAUACAAAAGAAAGAUGGACACAAUCAGAAUUCCUAUUCCAGGUGGAAACUACAAAGACCUACGACCAUGUUAUAACUGUAUCUGGAAUAUCUGGUGGUGUGUUUGGAGUUAUUUUCAUCAUCAUUGUCGCUGUCUACUUAAAGUGUCGUAAACUGAAAUCAAAUACAUAUUUGAGACGCAGAUUUAGAGAUAUUCGAGUUCACUUUUUCUGUCGCAACGCACCAUGUGACCAAGAAAGCAGCAUACCCUCGACAACUGGAUACAUGACCCCAAGGGCAGCACAUUUAACCGGCGAUCAUCAUCCGCCAUCUAAUGACCCUGGUCCAUAUUUAAUUAUAGUUGAUCCAUCCUUAUAUAAUUCCAUAAUAGCUGGAGAUAUACCAAUGCCUCCUCCCCCAUACAAUGAACAAGAGCAGGUUACAUCAGACCCACCACCGGAAUACUUCUCUAUUACGGAUUGAUAAUCAACUGUUCACUUAAAUGUACUUGGAGUGUUGUACUAGGGUAUUAAAAGUUAUAAUUUAGUACACCAACUCUUUUUGCAUGUACAUCGGAUUCAUUAAAACCAGAACCUUGCAUUAAUUCUGUUAAAAGCAUUUUAUGUAUAUGUGUUGUGUGCGUUUGAUUGAUGGAAAGAUGGAUUGAGAUGAAUGGUAGUAUUUUUAUGAUUGAAAGAAAUUUUAACUGCUUGUAUUAUUUUUAUAAUUCCAAUCUGAAAUCAUGAACUUUGACCCUUUGUAAUUAUGAAACGGCUCCGGCAAAAUCAUCUGAAUUUUAUAAGAAAAAAAGGCUUUUAUAGCAAACAAUAUGAUCUGUAACAUUGGUACAUUCCUAAAAUGCAAGCCGCAAACCUUACCUUAAAAUAUAUAUGCAGGGAAGUACAAUCUUUUUAAUUUUCGUUAGGCUGGUCUUUUUCUUCAGUUUUUUAGUUUUAGGCGGUAACUCUAAAAUUGCACAACUGUAAUUUUAUUUUACAAUCAUUCAUUAUAUAGUUUCAGUUAUAUAGGAACACCCUAGGUAUUUUUUGAAGUCAAUGCUGCCAUGUAAUAUGUUUUUGGUUACCACGGCACUCAUUGAACACGUUUAACAAUAAAAUGAAUUAAACCAACAAUUUAAAAAAAAAUAUAAUAAUAUACCAACGAUGGUUGAAAUCUAGUGACCCCAGGUACAUGCACAAACUAUUGCCCGAUUCUUACAUAAAGUCAUACAUACUAAUUGGCACUUAAAAUAUCUUUGCUUUUUUCGCGCAUUUAGGGACACAUUUAAUUUCUCAAAUUGUUUAAUGUUGAAGGCGUUUUUGUCAGAUACGAUA